GUCACACACUCACGCGCGUCGUUUAUUAAUUAUUUGUAUAAUUAUAAAUUAAAGUGUGGAUCUACCUAUACAGUUUAGUAAUAAUUUAUCGUUAUUAUAAUAAUUGUUAUCAAUAUUGGUAUCAUACUAUCAUGUCUGGUAGUCGCGUGUAUAAUAUAAUAAUAUAGGUCCUGUGAUUAAAAAAAAACAAUCGAACACGGUGAUACACAAUGUGCGCAAUAAUAAUAAUAAUAAUAUGUAACUACAUUAUACACUGUGCGAUGAACUGGAGACGAAAUGCUCACCACAAGUCAGCCGGCGUGGUAGUGUCAUCGCAGGAUGCGUAUUCUCUCUGCUAAUACAUUCAUAAUGAUAAUAAUAUUAUAUUGUAUACAUACGAGGCGGAACACAAUGACACUCGGCGUAAGUUUUUACGACGUGCGUGUCGAGCUCGUUUGGCGUCUAUUUUGUACUCUUUUGUUUGCGAGGAGCAGGACGACAUUUCGUAAGCGCACGCACUCCUCUCACACACUCACACACACACACCAAGAAAAUAGGAUACGCCGCAAGUAUAUUUUCCCGAAACGGAGACACGCGAAUUUUGAAAACUUGAUAUCUGCCGAACAAACGUGACGGAUGUAUAAUAAUGUUAUAACAUAAUAUAGGUCCUGUGAUUAAAAAAAAAACAAAUAAUCGAACACGAUGAUAUACAAUGUGCGCAAUAAUAAUAAUAAUAUGUAACUACAUUAUGGCUAUACACAUAUUAUUAUUAUACAGUAUACACUGUGCGAUGAACCGGAGACGAGAUACUUACCACGGUCAGUCAGCCGGCGUGGUCGACGCGGUCGUGUCAUCUCUCUGCUAAUACAUUUAUAAUGAUAAUAAUAUUAUAUUGUAUACAUGCGAGGCGGAUACACAAUGACACUCGGCGCAAGUUUUUACGACGUGCAUGCCGAGCUCGUUUGGCGUCUAUUUCGUACCCUUUCGUUUGCACACUGCGAGGAGCAGGCCAACAUUUCGUAAGCACACACACACCAAGAAGAUCUCCGACGCCGCAGGUAAAUUUUCACGAAACGGAGGUACGCGAAUUUUGAAAACUUGAUAUCUGCCGAGUGCGGGACCAGCUCAAGCGAAAAUAGUGAACUAGGCAAAAUCAAAUUUUGCCACCCCUAACAAUAUAAUAUUAUCAGUAUUUUGAAAAUGCCGCCAUCUUACUAAAGUGCUGCUUAAACGCCACCCUAGGCGUGGGCCUAUGUCGCCUACCCCUUGAGCCGGGCCUGCUGCCGAGCAAACGUGACGGAUGUAUAAUAAUGUUAUAAAACAAUAUAGGUCCUGUGAUUAAAAAAAACCAACAAUCGAACACGAUGAUACACAAUGUGCGCAAUAAUAAUAAUAUUAUGUAACUUCAUUAUGGCAUAUUAUACACUGUGCGAUGAACUGGAGACGAAAUGCUCAUACCGCGGCCAGUCAGCCGACGUGGUCGUGUGAUCGCAGGAUGCGUAUUCUCUCUGCUAAUACAUUCAUAAUUAUGAUAAUAAUAUUAUAUUGUAUACAUACGAGGUGGAUACACAAUGACACUCGUCGCAAGUUUUUACGACGUGCGUGCCGAGCUCGUUUGGCGUCUAUAUUUCGUACCCUUUUGUUAUUGCCCUCUGCGAUGAGGAGCAGGACGACAUCUCGUAAGCACACGCACUCUCAAACACACUCACACAUACGCACUCACACACACGCACAUCCACACACACACCAAGAAGAUCGGAUACGCCGCAGGUAAAUUUUCACGAAACAGAGACACGCGAAUUUUGAAAACUUGAUAUCUGCCGAGCAAACGUGACGGAUGUAUAGUUUUACUCGAGAUCUUUUGUUUUCACACAUCCGUCACACGAUUCGUCGUUACAAGUGUGUAUGUAAUGUUGUCGUCGCGAUGUUCUCUUUUAGGUACAUAAUAUAGGUAUAAUAAUAAUAAUAAUAUGUAUACCAUUGUUGUUAUUAUUCGUCAGAUUGGCGCUGCAGAUCUAUAUAGGUAGGUGCAGGGUACUUUGGCAAACAAGCGAUAUGAAAACUUAAAAAAAAUACGCGAUAAUAAUAAAAAAUAAUAAUAAUAAUAACACAUUCGUUUUCCGCACACGACCGAAUGAAUUUAUUUUACGAGCAGUAUAACAGCAGUGCAGUUUUGAUGACUUUUGAAAAAAAGAACGGUUUAAUUUUCGCUCACGUUACAAAGCGUAGUGCAGUUAAACACGAGGGGUUGAACAAUAUUAUAGCUGGUUACACACUGAGCGGUUUGUCCGCGCGCGGUCGCGGUUUUUAUCCGCGGCGAUUUAAAUUCGCUUUCGACACAAAGCUUACACACUGUAACAUUUUACGCGGUUAAUCGCACCAAAAUUGCGCCAAAUAUCAUUACCUCGUGGUUACUCGUUCGUGUAUGAUCUUUUAUUCUCGUGCUCACAGUUUUUUAGCUUAGUUAAAUAAUUUUAUCGAAUUAAAAAUGGUUUUUUUGAGUCGUACUCAGACCGUUUGUCUUGCUUAUAUAUUGCAUAAAAAAAAACAGGAAAAACGAAAAAAUAGGCGUUUUUGGGUUCAUCCUCUAAACUUGAAAAGGCCUCGGGAAGGCCAAUUUCAAGUUACGUUUAUGACUUUAAGAUUCCAUCCAGACGAGUUCUUAAAGUACUACCGUAUGUCAAUUUCAUCAUUUGAUGAACUGUUAUUACGAGUAAAGCAUAGAUUACAAAAAAAAAAUACAAUUCUUCGAGAUUCAAUACCACCUGAAGAAAGAUUGUCAGUGACAUUAAGAUACUUGGCUACUGGGACAAAUUUUUCGUCUUUACAUUUCGACUUUUUGAUGGGAGUAUCGACCAUAGCCAAAGUAGUUAAUGAAACGUGUAUGGUGGUUUGGGAUGAGUUACAACCCACUGAAAUGGCACCACCCACUCAAGAAAAUUGGUUGGAAAUAGCGGAUGGUUUCUACAAUAUAACUCAAUUUCCUAAUUGCGUUGGAGCUGUCGAUGGUAAACACAUCCGGUUGCAAUGUCCAAAAAACAGUGGUACUCAGUAUUACAACUAUAAGAAUUUUUUUUCUUUGGUUUUAAUGGCAAUCUGUGAUUCAAAUUAUUGUUUCACAAUAAUCGAUGUAGGCUCUUUUGGGAAAGAGAGCGAUUGCAAUAUUUUUAAACAGUGCCCUUUUGGAAAAAAAUUAUACUCUGACAAAAUAAAUUUCCCUCAAGAUAAAUGUCUACCUGGUGAUGAAGAUGGUGUUGCUCAGCCAUUCGUACUUAUAGCAGAUGAAGCAUUUGCGUUAAACAAACAUUUAUUACGGCCUUUUCCUGGUAGAACUUUGAACGAUAGCAGGAGAAUAUUUAACUAUCGUCUUUCCAGAGCAAGGCAAAAGAUAGAAUGCACUUUUGGAAUUUUGUCCAACAAAUGGAGAGUUUUCCAUUCUACUCUACUAGUAACACCAGAUGUUGCUGUGUCUAUUACUAAGGCAGCAUGCGUAUUGCAUAAUUUUGUACGUCGUAGGGAUGGUUUUAAUUUUGAGGACACUGUUAGUUGUGAAAUGCCCGAUAUAUCAGAGAGAAUAGGUGUUGGAAAUGCAUCUUUAAAUGCCAAAGAUAUAAGGGAGUAUUUCGUAAAAUACUUUAACAAUCCAAAACAUGCGCUAAGCUGGCAGAAUAAGGUAUUAGGUUAAACACGUUUAUUUCAUGCAUUCAGUAGGUAGGCAAUAUUGCGUCAUAAUUUUAAAUGUUAACGGUCUACGUUUUUAUUGUUAUACUAUAAAGUAUGUUAAUUUAACUAAAUUAAUUUGUAUGUUAAACAUAUGUUGUAUUCACUUAUAUUAUAUAAUAUUUAAUAUUAAUAAGUUGGAUGACAUCUACGAUAUACUAAUAAGUGCUUACAUUCA